UUCUUGCUAAAGAAUGCUUCCCCGAGUCUCUUGCCAAGCCACCUUAUAUACACAGAAUGAGACAAAGAAUAAUAAAUCUCAAAUCAGGAUUUGGUUGGUUGGUUCUCGUGACCUGAAGGAGCAUCAAAUGGGACUGUUAACCAUCUGUAAUCUAGAUCUUCUCAUGAGGUGACACCCCUCGCAGGAGUACAGAUUAUGUCUUAAGUUCUAAACUUUGGUAAACUUUCUCCUAGAAUUAUAGAAAUUAGACCUUUAUACCCAUCGCACCAUGACCUUUAAAACGAAACCAAACAUGAAGACGAAACCUUAGUAGCAUCACAACACAAAAUGCAUAUGACAUUCCAUAUUCAAUAGACCUUUAGUGAACUGGAAUUUCAGAGAGGAAGACAGAGAGGUUGAGUCCUGGUUAUCAGCACCAUCUGGGGAUUUUAUUGCUUUAUGGAUAUCUCCACAAGCAAACCCAAUGCUGAUCUCUUGAACAGCUACUACAGGUUGUUGUCUUGGAGGUAGAAUGUGAAUUCUUUAAAGAAUAUUUCAGAUUUAAUCACGGAUUGUUUUAUAGACACAAUCCCAUGCAAUAUAUAUAUAUAUACCUGCAGUGACAUGUCUGGAGGGAAGUUGUUCUGGGGUGCCAAAUCCUGACCAUAAGCUGAAUCCAGAGAAAACCAUUCUCUAAAAACAUUCAAGUCCUGAUGAAUCAACAUCUGUAUUAAUUUAACUAAGGCCUAGUUUUGUUUUAAGCUAAUCCCUGUCCAGGAAACUGCCCAAUAUGUGUUAAAAUAACAUGAUGCUAUCUACACAUCCUUUCUUAGAGUAAAAUUAACACAUCCUGCAACAUAACAAAAUAAAAAACAAUGGGGUCUGCAUACCUGUUGAGAUCACUAUGGAUGUUUGUAUAAUUAGCUUUAUUAUAACUUUACUUAGAUUUUCAAUGAUUAAAUGCAUCUCUUUAGACAAAUAAACAGAUUCGUGUACUAUUUUUUUCCUGUUCCAUUAUUUGGUUCAGGAACGGUUUGAUUAUUUUUUUGGUUGGCUCUUUGUAAGAGUAACAGAUAUGAAGUGACUGGAUGUCCAGAAUAAACUGCCAAUAGAUGACAUAAUUACAGACUUUACCAGAACUAAAUCUAGAUUGUAGUUAUCUUUCCUCUGCCACACACUCCUAACACAGAACCGAAACUACUUUAAUAUUGAAGUAUAGGAGAAGAAAAACAACUAGCCUGUAACGUGAGAACAACAGAAACAACAGCCUGUACUAUAGCAUACUGUGACGAUAUCAACCAGUCGUCAUCAUGGCUUCUGAUUUACCAAAAUCAGUUAUGGAAAGUUCCUCAUCAGAGUCAGAGAUCAAAAUUGUUCUUCUAGGUGAUACAAGAGCUGACAAGAGCGACAUAGCCAAAUUAAUUCUGGGCUGCAAGACUCUGAAAGGAGAAGAAAUUGGGCUGUGUACUUUAUAUAAGAGUGAAGAAACAGAAAGAAAGAUCAGCGUUGUGGACACACCAGGAUGGAGUCCAAUUUCAAUCGAACAAACAGCAAAGAAUAUAAAAACAGAGAUUGUCAGAUGUGUGUCUCUUUGUCCUCCAGGCCCUGAUGUUCUUCUUCUGGUGAUUCCUGUGAAACAAGAACCUUCACCGUAUGAGAUGACAGAAGCACAGAAGCACAUGGAGUUGUUAUCAGAGCGAGUCUGGAAACACACUAUUGUGCUGUUUGAUUGUGAGGAAGGGAUUGAGGAAUCUGUCAUCGACAAACACAUUCAAAGUGCAGAGACAAUCCUAGAAAAGUGCAAACAAUUUGUUUAUCGUAGGGGUUUCUCUCAAAUGACAAAUCUCUUAAAUAUAAUAGACGAUCUGGUGAAGAAAAAUAAAGGAGAAUUCUCUAGGACACAAUUUUAUUAUGAAGAGAUUCAGCCUGAAACUAAAGUGUUUGAGGGAGAGCCCAGACAAAGACGUGGAAGUAAAGAGAUGGACACUUCUGACUUUACAGUAAGAAAAGGAAAUGACACAGAGGAAAAGAAAGAAAGUGUAGUGGCUAUCAAGCAUGAACUUUGGUAUGAUGUGGCAGCACUACGUCGGACAAUGAAAUCUUCCUCAGUGAUAUUGAUGGGUAUAAUUGGAGCUUUGAUUGGUGCAGUCGCAGGGUCUGGACAUGGUGCUUUAGGGGCUUGCGCUGGAUUAGUUUCUGGUAUCAUUGUGGGAGGUUUACUUGCAGUUUUGACCAUUUACAUUUGCACUUACAUUUAUUCAUACUCUUAAUCAAAACCAUGUAGUUAUAGUUUGCCGUAAGCAGCUUUGUCUCCAGUAAGGUGUGAUAUAAAUUUGGGUUUAAGCAAUUCAAUCAAAUGGAAUACGGAAUAUUUUAUUUAUCCUUUAUUCUCUAUUUUCCAAUAUUUCUGUCAUUUUAUAAAGAGUCAAUAUCACUAUAAAGUGCCUUUUCUGUUCACAUCAGAAUCACUCAGACAUCAUGAAUAUAAUCCAAAAUAAUUCUGAAGUUUUAUUAUAAAUGGCCAAAAAGUAAAAUGAUAAGUCUGUUGAAAUAUGUUUUCUCAGUUUAUACUAUUUUCUUUGAUUGAAUGUAUGCAAUUUUGGCAUGUCUCACAUGUCUUAAGACACUGCUCAGCUAACUUUAGUGUAA